UCCUUUCAUAUUCGAUCCAACCAUGUUCUCAGGGAAUCAGCCCCAGAACUACUGGGACCCACACUCCACUCAACGACAGCAAAAACCAUCACCAAAGAACAGAGUAGUACGCAGUAGAAUUUCCAACUUUUCACUCCUCUGCAAAUCAAUGUAGCUUGACCAAUCAAUUCUAACUUCGAGAGAAAACUCAUUUCUUUUCCAUUUUCUUGGUGGAUUUUGUUUGGUUUUACAUUUCUUGUUACUGGGGUUGAGAAAUGACUGGGGGAAGAGGUGGGAUGCUGUGGGUUGGGCUGUUGGUGUUGAUCCUGUGGAGCAGCAGCAAUGUGGAGGGAGAAGAGUACAUGAAAUACAAGGACCCAAAGGUGCCUGUUGGUGUGAGAGCGAAGGAUCUUCUGAGUAGAAUGACUUUGGAGGAGAAAAUUGGUCAGAUGGUUCAGAUUGAUAGAAGUGUUGCCACCCCUGCUGUCAUGAAAAAUUACUACAUUGGGAGUGUUUUAAGUGGUGGGGGAAGUACACCACUUCCACAGGCUAGUGCUGCAGAUUGGGUCAACAUGGUGAAUGACUUUCAGAAGGGGUCAUUAUCUACGCGGUUGGGAAUACCCAUGAUAUACGGGAUUGAUGCUGUUCAUGGACACAACAAUGUCUUUAAUGCCACCAUCUUUCCACAUAAUAUUGGUCUUGGUGCUGCAAGGGAUCCUGAACUAGUGCGGAGGAUUGGUGACGCAACUGCUCUUGAAGUUAGAGCUACAGGGAUACCUUAUGUAUUUGCUCCUUGCAUAGCUGUUUGCCGAGACCCAAGGUGGGGUAGAUGCUAUGAGAGCUACAGUGAGGACCCCAAGAUCAUUCGAGAAAUGACAGACAUCAUACUUGGGUUGCAAGGGGAAAUUCCUAGUGGUUCUCGGAAGGGUGUCCCAUAUGUUGCUGGAAAGGACAAGGUAGCAGCUUGUGCAAAGCACUUUGUUGGUGAUGGUGGCACUACUAAGGGGAUUAAUGAGAACAAUACCCUUAUUGACAGGCAUGGGUUGCUUAGCAUCCAUAUGCCUGCCUAUUAUGACUCCAUUAUCAAGGGUGUGUCCACAGUCAUGAUCUCUUACUCAAGUUGGAAUGGUGAAAAGAUGCAUGCUAACCGUGAUAUGAUUACUGGUUUUCUGAAGGACAAAAUCAAGUUCAAGGGUUUCGUCAUCUCAGAUUGGGAAGGCAUUGACAGGAUCACUUCACCACCACAUGCAAAUUACACCUACUCUGUUGAGGCUAGUAUAUUGGCAGGCGUUGACAUGGUUAUGAUCCCUUUUAAUUAUACUGAGUUCAUUGAUGAUCUCACUCACCUGGUGAAGAACAAAUUUAUACCAAUGGAUCGCAUUGAUGAUGCUGUAGAGAGGAUUUUACUGGUAAAGUUUACCUUGGGACUCUUUGAGGAUCCCCUUGCUGAUCUUAGUUUAACCAAUGAAGUUGGGAAACAGGAGCACAGAAAUUUGGCAAGGGAAGCUGUUAGAAAAUCUCUUGUUCUGCUUAAGAAUGGGAAAAAUGAGACUGAUCCUUUAAUUCCUCUUGCCAAGAAAGCAUCAAAAAUUUUAGUUGCUGGUAGCCAUGCAGAUAACUUGGGUUACCAAUGUGGUGGAUGGACAAUAAGCUGGCAAGGAUUUAGUGGCAAUAAUUACACAAGAGGAACAACAAUCCUUGCUGCAAUUAACUCUACAGUUGAUAAGGAGACAGAACUUGAGUACCUUGAAAAUCCUGAUAGUCAGUAUGUAAAGUCCAACAACUUCGAUUAUGCUAUUGUUGUUGUCGGAGAACCUCCUUACACAGAGAGUGCAGGAGACAGUCAAACUCUUACAAUUUUAGAUCCUGGUCCAGCUGUGAUAAUCAAUGUUUGUGGGGUCAUCAAGUGUGUUGUUAUCAUUGUAUCUGGUCGACCUAUAGUGAUUGAACCAUAUAUUUCUUCAAUUGAUGCACUGGUUGCAGCCUGGUUACCUGGCACCGAAGGUCAAGGUGUGACUGAUGUCCUCUUUGGGGAUUAUGAGUUCACUGGAAAACUUCCAAGAACCUGGUUCAGAACUAUUGACCAACUUCCAAUGAACGUGGGAGAUUCCCAUUAUGAUCCACUUUUCCCUUUUGGAUUUGGACUCACAACUCACCAGUCCAUAGUGUCAAGGUCAAAAUCAUCUGGCUUUAAGGGACAUCCAUAUGCAACUUUAAUUCUGAUUUUUGUCUUAAUCGGUUUGUACUUUCAAGGUAAUCUUUUAACAUGAGACGAGAUUAGUUGUAGGAUGGAAAAAAACAUUGAUAUCCUCUUUUUAGUCUGCAUUUCCACCCGGGAAAUUCAGAAACUUCAGCAUCAUUUGCAAAAAUUGAGUGGAGAAGGUUAUGAAUCUUGACUAGGCUAUGGCAAACAAGGUAACAGGAGAAUUUAGUUUUACAUGGUUGAAGCCUAAAUAGUAAAUUGAAAUGUACUUGCAAGGCAGCUUCGUGCUUGUGUGAGCUUUCUUGCCGAUCAAUAAAGAAGUAUUUUUACGCUAAAAAA